UGUCCGUGCCGGGUCUCUCCGCGCGCAUUAACGCGUUGUUGUUGUUUUUGUUGUUUAGCAGCAGUACCGGUGGAACCGAACCGGUCCGGACUCGGCGGUGAGGGUUAAUCGGCCCACCGGGGGAGCGGAUGAAGAAGCACAUUUUGCUCGUUUUCACAUACCGAGGACUCCUCAGCAAAGGGAAGAAAAAUAAAAAGAGAAAAUGUCCAGGUUCGCGUUACGGAAGGCUGAGCGCGAGGACGUGGCGGAUCUCCUGCGACUCAUAAAGGAACUUGCCAAGUAUGAGAAGAUGGAGGAACAGGUCAUUCUGACUGAGAAAGACUUGCUGGAGGAUGGUUUCGGCGAUCAUCCCUUCUAUCACUGUGUCGUGGCUGAAGUGCCGAGAGAGCAGCAGAGCGCUGAGGGCCACACGGUGGUCGGCUUCGCCAUGUACUACUUCACCUAUGACCCCUGGAUCGGGAAGUUGCUCUACCUGGAGGACUUUUAUGUCAUGAAGGAUUUUAGAGGUUUUGGAAUUGGGUCAGAAAUCCUGAAGUACCUAAGUCGUAUGGCGGUGAAAUUUCGCUGCAGCAGUUUGAACUUCAUCGUUGCAGAGUGGAACAAGUCGUCCAUCGAGUUUUAUAAGCGACGCGGUGCCAAUGACCUCUCUCUGGAGCAGGGCUGGAAGCUGUUCGCGAUCAACAAGGAGAAUCUGAUCAAAAUGAUGUCUGAGGAGUAGGGCUGUAGCUAUCAAAUAUUUAAGUCAUCGAGUAUUCUACCAAAAAUGUAAUUGUGUAAUCGGAUAAAAUAUAAUUUUGAAACACCAAUGUAAAAUAUAUAAGAGAAACAAAGAUUAAUUGGUUUUCUUUUUAGAAAAAUCUACUUUUUUUUUUUUUAUGCUUACAGCAUUUUAUCAAAAAUAAACAUUGUCAUUAUUCACAAUGACUGAGAUGAGUUAAGUGCAUUACAGUGUCAUGGAUUCUUAUUUUAAAGCCUUUUCUCAGAUGCAAAAACUAAAAAAAGGUAUUUUAAAUGACUUUAAGUAUAAAAAAAACUAAGGCACACUGUUAUGCGCUAAAAUGCCGCCGUACCACGGAUUGACCCCCCUUACCCACACAUAAUCUCUAUCAAAUAUUAUAUUAGAACAUAAAUUAAUAGGUUUAUAAAUUACAAAUUGCGCCAAACAAAUUGAAUUAUAAAAUAAGCAAUAUAAAAAAAAGAUAUGUUGUAUAUAUAAAUUUAUGUUUUAGAUUAUGUAGGGGGGGGGCAAUCCAUGGCAGGGGGGCAUUUUGCGCAUAGCACACACAAUAAAAUAAAUAUACAAAAAAACUCAUUUGUGCAACUUAACUUCAAAACUAAAAGUUUCAAAAUCUACAGCUCAGGCAUAACAUAUAAGCCUUUACUGAAAAUUGUCAUUUUCAUUUUACUGGUUUCUUCUUCGCUGGUAUUUUUAUCGCUUCCUUCCAUUUUACAGCCCACAACAGAACGAUUCAUCAGAUCAAUACAAAGCUAACUGUUUGUGUCCCCUUCCGCUUUGUGGGUGACGUAUGCGCUUUUUCUUCUUCGUCAGGGUUUAGUGGCGGCUUGCACCUGGAAGCGUGCUGUGUCACGGCAAACAAAUAUUUGCACAAAAACAUAAUGCAAGCUUUUAGCAGAAGAUUUUGCUUCGAUCAUUUUUUGAUUGAAUUACUCGAGAUACACUUACUGUGAUGAUGUAAUGCAUGUAGCACAUCAACAUACAGUAUAUAGUUAUUUUUUAGGGAAUGAUGGGAAUAAGGGUUUCUUUGCUUACCUGAGAAAUAAUCACUAGGAUUGUAAUACGAUAGGGUAAGAUUUAGAUUAGAUUAGCUUAGAUUCAGAUGCAGACCUUUCACCAGUAGAGCUUCUAUAUGCUGUGUGUUUAAGUGAGGGUGAACGCUGAGUGUUAAACCUGCUUUAUAUGAUAUUUUUCAUUUGUAAAAAAAAAAUCCAGAUACCUUUGAGGAUUGUCCAGAUGUCGCGUCUUUUUUUCAAGAUUGUUCACAACAAAAUAAAAUAAAAUUUCCCUGA